GGGCGAGGGCGGGGCGGCGCGGACGGCGCCGGGCGGCUGCGGGGCUGGAGCUCGCCGGCCGCGGCCGCUCGGACGCUCGGACCCCGGACGCCCGGACCCCGGACCCCGGACCCUCAGACCCGGGACCCCCAGGCGCGCGGACCCCGGACGCAGUGCCCGUUACCAUGGCAGUGACGGCCGGGACCACAGCCCCCUUCCCCAUGAGCAACCACACCCGGGAGCGGGUGACCGUGGCCAAGCUGACCCUGGAGAACUUCUACAGCAACCUGAUCGCCCAGCACGAGGAGCGGGAGGCCAGGCAGAAGAAGUUGGAAGUGGCCAUGGAGGAAGAGGGAUUGGCGGAUGAAGAGAAAAAGCUGCGCCGGUCCCAGCACGCUCGCAAGGAGACGGAGUUCCUGCGGCUCAAGAGGACCCGGCUCGGCCUGGACGACUUUGAGUCCCUGAAGGUCAUCGGAAGAGGCGCCUUCGGAGAGGUGCGGCUCGUCCAGAAGAAGGACACAGGCCAUAUCUACGCCAUGAAGAUCCUGAGGAAAGCGGACAUGCUCGAGAAGGAGCAGGUGGCCCACAUCCGCGCAGAGAGGGACAUCCUGGUGGAGGCGGACGGCGCCUGGGUGGUGAAGAUGUUCUACAGCUUCCAGGACAAGCGCAACCUCUACCUGAUCAUGGAGUUCCUCCCCGGAGGCGACAUGAUGACCCUGCUGAUGAAGAAGGACACCCUCUCGGAGGAGGAGGCCCAGUUCUACGUCUCCGAGACCGUCCUGGCCAUCGACGCCAUCCACCAGCUGGGCUUCAUCCACCGCGACAUCAAGCCCGACAACCUGCUGCUGGACGCCAAGGGUCACGUGAAGUUGUCUGACUUCGGUUUGUGCACGGGGCUGAAGAAAGCCCACAGGACUGAGUUCUACAGAAACCUGACCCACAACCCGCCCCGAGACUUCUCGUUCCAGAACAUGAACUCCAAGAGGAAGGCGGAGACGUGGAAGAAGAACAGGAGGCAGCUGGCGUACUCCACGGUCGGAACGCCCGACUACAUCGCCCCGGAAGUGUUCAUGCAGACCGGUUACAACAAGCUGUGUGACUGGUGGUCCCUGGGGGUGAUCAUGUAUGAGAUGCUGAUAGGGUACCCGCCCUUCUGCUCCGAAACACCUCAGGAAACGUACAGGAAAGUGAUGAACUGGAAGGAAACGCUGGUCUUCCCCCCGGAGGUGCCCAUCUCCGAGAAAGCCAAGGACUUAAUCCUGAGGUUCUGCAUCGAUGCGGAAAACAGGAUCGGCAACAGCGGGGUGGAAGAGAUCAAAGGUCACCCGUUCUUCGAGGGCGUCGACUGGGGUCACAUCAGGGAGCGGCCAGCCGCGAUCCCCAUCGAGAUCAAGAGCAUCGACGACACGUCCAACUUCGACGACUUCCCGGAGUCUGACAUCCUGCAGCCAGCGACCAACACCGCGGAGCCGGACUACAAAUCCAAAGACUGGGUGUUCCUCAACUACACCUACAAGAGGUUUGAGGGGCUGACGCAGCGCGGCUCCAUCCCCACCUACACGAACGCCGGGAAGCUCUGAGCCAGCGCGUCCGCCCAGACCUCAGGGGCUGCGGCCCCGACAGGCCGGGCGCGGGCCCUACCGGAUUAGGGCUCUGAGACUGCGGCAGGAAUUGGUUGGCAGUGCCAGCUGGCUUUAUUAUUAUUUUUUUUGUAUAUUAUUAUUUUUGUUAACUUUAUUAUACGAAGGUACUGGAAUAAAAGAAACGUAUCUCCCUUUCUAACCGCACUGCCUACAUGCGUCUUACGGUCCCUCUGCCCGUGUGCGCUGUGGCUCCGGGCGGUGACCCCGACCCGCCGGGAGAAACAUCGCCCACGGCCACGGACCCACGGAGCCCGCGCUUGGGCCUCCCCCCGCGACACCAGACGACCCCGUGAUGCCGUUGCAGCCGCUUGGAAGGAGAGUCUGGGUGGACCCGCUCCAGCUGCUCGUCCCCGCGGCCAGAGCUGCCCAGGGGGGCGCAGGGCUCAGCGCUCAGGAACGCGGGCGCGCUCUCGCGGACGCCCUCCCCCCUCUCGCCCGCUCUCCUGUGGCCGGAGGACUUGCGUCCCCGCUGGGCAGUGCGGGGUGACUCUGGGAAUGUCCACGUGGCCGUUGGGUGCCGUGUUUCGGCUUUGGGUUCGGUGCUUGUUUACUGCUGAGCUCCCGCGCGGGUGACCUGCGGAGAAGGGCCUGUCGCUGGGUUCUCGAGACUCCUUCCCUGUCCUGGAGCGGCUCGUCUUUCCGGGAUGGAGAGGUUUCCGCGUCUCGUCAUUUCCUGAGCCUCCAGAUGUACCAAAGAUCCCGAGCAGAGAGUUUCCCCCCCGGCGGGACCCUGUUUCCAGAUGGGACCGACCCGCAGGGGAGGGGCGCCGGGGGAGGGCGUGGAGACCAGGCGACAUCCAGUUCUUGAGUUUCCCUGCGAGUGUAUUGCUCUGGCUCAGCGUCCUGCUUCUGAAACAACUCUGGUUUCUUAAGUGCUAGUUGAGGAGUCAGCCUUGACCGCGGAAGAGCCGCGCGCUCAGUGGUCGGCGGGGGGCCUGGGCCGCUGUCCCUGCCCAUCGAGGGUCUCGGUGGGGGCGAAUGACUCAGGAUCGACUGUCCCCUCCACGCGGUUCCUGCUGCCUUCCCUCCUGUUGCUGCUCGUGUGGUGUUCAUUACGCCGUCGUCUGGUAAUGACCUUCAUCCUUCUUGCGGGGCCCUUGGCAGGGUAGGGCAGAGCUGUCGCAGGGCCGGCUUAGUACCCCUGACUCACCUGGACUUGCUCAUUGCACCUGCCGCUAAUUUUUUUCGAAGGAGACGUUUAUCUGUGACUCAGUUUUAUGAGAUUUUCUCAUCCCACCUCAUCCCUGCCUUUUUAGUUUUAAGGACUGUUUGCGGGUGCGGUGGCGAAGACGGGAAACGCUGUUUCCUAGUCCUCAAGUGGCGGCCGUCCCAGCAGAGGGGGGAGGCCUUGGAGUGGAGAUGCCACGGGAGCUCGUUACCUCAGUUUUCCAUGUGGGUGGCGGCUGAGCAGGGAAAGACAGUCAGGGGGGUUCUCCUCACCAGGAGCAUUUAAGUGCCUACCUUACUGUGUGCCCUGCGAGGCAGGAAUUUGAUUCACGAGGCCGAUUAACUCCCCGACUGGCAGAGCCCCUUCAGACCGAGUCUCGGGGAUUCCAGGGGUCUGUCUCACUGACACGGUGAAAGCCUGACUGAUCAGCUGGGCGUAACGGCAUUUUCUUUAGACUAUAUUUUGAAUUAAAGAAUUUUGUUAUGAAAUAUGUUUCCGGUUUUUCUAAGUACGUGGAAAGCUUGUAUAAUUCAGAUAUAUUAAUUUCCUGAUUUAAUGUAGACUUUUGACUUUUUAUUAAAAAACUUUGUAUUAAAGCAGAUUAUGUUAUUUUUCUUUUAUACUUAUCAACAUAGCUUUGAAUCCUUAAAUUUAUGAAAGCAGAGUGCUCUCUGAAAAGGAAUGUACAAUAAAUCAGUCUUUUCUUUCCUGAAUGGAAUAUAUGUAGCUGGUAUCAUAAGCUGUUGAAUGGAUAGUAACAAAGAUGGACUAUUUUCUUCGGCUCCUAAGGCUUGAGAUCCGGUCCCAUUUCUUUCUAAAAUAGCAUACUUUCCUCUGUUUUGUUUCUUUGCCCCUUCACGGACUCCUGUAAAUUGAUAAGCAUCUUUAGGAGCAUUUGCUUGAGGUGUCGGGGUCUGACAGUCCGUCUCCGACGGCAGGAGAAACUGCGUCUGGGCCGGGAGCGAGUCAGUAGCUGAGGUUUUCCUUUGAGGAGGUCCCCGCUGCGAACGUCCUCUCUGACUGCUAAGACUCAGCAUUCAAGGUCACUUGUUUUUUGCUAUAACUGUGAUAAUUUCCUCUUGUGUUUAUCUGAGUUUAUUUUCUCUUUAGAAGUGCACUUAUUUCUGAAAAAUUUUAAUGAAACACUUAGAGUUAAUAUAAAUACGAGAUGCUUGAGACUACUAGAGAUAUUUUAGAUUUUUAUGAAAAAUAUUGAAGAGAAUAUUGCUGCUUUAAAAAGAAUAAAAUAAUAAUAUAAUAGAUUAGUUAUUUUUUUAAAAACGCAAUAUCAAUUGUUGAGCAGUUACUAGAAAAAUAAGCAUCAUGCUGUCGAGAUUGUGUUCUGUGUCUGAAUCUCACAAAUGUUUGGGCGGCACGGGGCUUUCACUGGAGCUAAGAAAAGAAUAAAUGAUGUUUGUAACA